AUGCUUCUCACCAACCCCCAAAUCCAGACUUUGGUAGUCAUUGAGCGCACGACCGCUUCAAUCUCUGUGUUCUCGACUCUUCUCUUGAUCAUCACAUUCAUUCUCUUCAAACCCUUCCGGACUCUCUCUAAUACUCUCAUCUUCUAUGCCUCUUUUGCCAACCUCUUCGCCAAUGUUGCUGCGCUGAUCGGAGGUUCCGCUCUCACGAACAUCAAUGGCGCACUUUGCCAAUUCCAAGGAUUCCUGCUUGAGAUGUUCAUGCUAUCCGACCCUCUUUGGUCCUGCGCCAUGGCAUUCAACGUCUACCUCGUCUUCUUCCAUCGCUACGAUGCCGAUCGCCUGAAAGGACUGUAUUGGCUGUACGGUGCCAUGUGUUACGGCAUUCCCUUCAUCCCAGCAAUGUUUUGUCUCUUCUACAAGACGAAGGAGAAGGGUCGUAUGUACGGUAACGCAACUCUCUGGUGCUGGAUAGACAAUGACUGGGCACCCUUUCGUAUCUACGUCUACUACGCCCCUAUCUGGAUUUCCAUCCUCGUUACUUUUGGAUUAUACCUUCGUGUCGGAGUCGAGAUCUUCCAGAAAAGGUCUGAACUGCACAAGGCAGGGUAUGACCCGAAUUAUGUAUCUAGAACGAUGAGCUCGAACAACGACACCAGAACCGCUGAGAACCACCAACUCCCAGCCAUCGCACCCUUCUCCGGCCUCCGCACCACCGAAAUCCAAACCGAGCUUCGGGCUGAACGUUGCGGCGGCGCUGGUGUUGCCGCUGCAGGGCUUCUGGAACGCGGUCAUCUACUUCUGGACCAGCUCGGGGGUGUGCAGGGAUUGCUGGAGGACUUCCGAAGCCGGGAUUCGGGGGAUUCGGACGAAGCCGGGAUUCGGAGAGCAGAUAAUCUGUAUCAAGUAGGAGCCCAAACGAUACCCAGGCUAGGGAAUAGACUUGCCACGAGUAACCAGCCACUGGCAUGGAGAGUACAGAUAGGCAAAGUAUGGAGACGUAUAUUUAAGUCUUGGGGUAGUUCUAAAAGCCCGAGCCCUCCAGAACACGUACAGCCUCGUCCCUGCAGACAGAUGCCAUCUCGCGCUACAUUCAAAACUCUCUCCCCGACACCCCAUACCCAGUCUGACCAUGAUACUGCUAUAGAAGGCAGAGGUUUCCCACUGUCUGCCUAUCCUCCCUCCUCCUCAACCCAUGGGCCCCAAGACCAAAAGAACGACAGCAACAACAGCAGCCUCGACCUCGACCCCGACUCUGACGCUGCCCUCCUCCGACGACACAGAGAGGCCGACGAUGAGGUGGAGCCCCAUAGCGAAUACCCCAACCCCUUCCGAUCAUUCUUAGGACUGAUGUCCAAGGUGCCGCUGCUGCUGCGCUCUGCGCCGGGCUUUGGGACGGGCUCGUAUGGCGCCGUGCCCAUCGGCGCGUCGCCGGAUGGGAGCGACGACGACAUCGAUGAUGUGAGGACGAAGAAUUACAGAAGGGAACGUUCGGGCCUGAGGAAUGCUCUCAGUUCCGGGACCUUGAAGACAAACAGGUCGGGAUGCUCUCAGCGCAAGUCCCCGAAUGCGAGGCAUCUCUUGAGUUCCGACGACGAGGAGAGCGAGGAUCAUCCCAUGCUGGAAAGGAAGCCAAGCAAGGGAAUUCCGAUACCAGGCACCGAGCAGGAACAGCCUUCAGACUCGUCCGAGGAUGCAAUAAACGACGCCGACGGUUCGACCACCGACGACGAAGACCCCCCAGACAACUCGGCCUACGCCCAGGUCCGGGCCUCUGUCUCUGCAGUAGACAACACGACCCUGUCGAUCAACACCCCCCGGAUGUGGGUGCUCUCCCUCCUCUUCGCAGUGCUCGGUUCCUCCGCGAAUCUUUUCUUUUCUUUACGAUACCCCAGCGUCUCUAUUACGCCCGUUAUUGCAUUGCUACUUGUCCAUCCCCUCGGUCUAUUAUGGGACCGAAUAUUGAAACGACGAGAUGACCCCAGCGAGGAAUUUUUGGAUGGAAUUAGAGUUGCAAGCGAGACGAGUUACGAAAACAACACAUACCGGCAGCCAGACGACGGGAGACUUAGACGCCUACGCUUAUGGCUGGGCCAAGGGAGGUGGAACGAGAAGGAGCAUACCUGUGUGUAUAUCAGCAGCAAUAUUUCCUUCGGGUUUGCCUUUGCUACGGAUGUGAUUGUGGAGCAGACGCAUUUCUACAACCAGAAAGUCAGCAUCACAUACCAGCUGCUUCUUACCCUGUCAACGCAGAUCCUGGGAUACACUUUUGCCGGACUUACCAGGAGGUUCUUGGUCCGCCCGGGAGGCAUGAUCUGGCCGGGGACCUUGAUGUCAGCGUCCAUGUUUACCACUUUGCACAAAGAGGAGAACACGAUUGCGAAUGGCUGGAAGAUUACGCGGUGGAGAUUCUUCUUCAUUGUGUGGGCGGGCUCGUUCGCCUUCUACUUCCUCCCAGGACUCCUCAUGCCAGCAUUGAGCUAUUUCUCGGUCGUGACAUGGUUCUUCCCCAAGAAUGUGGUGGUAGCCAAUCUCUUUGGGGUGGCUUCAGGACUCGGAGUGUUUUCAGUGACAUUCGACUGGGCCCAGAUUGCCUACAUCGGCUCUCCGCUUCUCACUCCAUUCUGGGCGGCUAUGAACGUCAUGGGAGGUCUGGUCAUUUUCAUGUGGAUCCUGGCGCCUCUCGCAUAUUACAAGAAUCUGUUUUUCUCGUCUCAUAUGCCGAUCAUCUCUUCGGCCGUUUUCGAUAAUACCGGCAAUAUUUACGAUGUCAGUAGAAUCUUGACCCCAGACUUCCUUUUCGAUAGUGAAGCGUAUCAUAAGUAUAGUCGAGUGUAUCUACCCAUCACGUAUGCCCUCAGCUACGGAUUACAGUUCGCUGCUCUGGCAUCUCUGCUGUCACACACUGCAUGUUGGCACGGGAAGGACAUUUGGAAGCAAUGGAGCCGAUCUUUGAAGGAAGUUGGAGGGGAGUCGAAGACCACCUACAAGCCAGUGAAUGGGCACGAAGGUGCUAUCCAUGGACGUCUGAGGAGAUCCGCCUCGAAUUUAGACAAUAUCAUCAGUCAGGAGGAUGUCCACAACCGACUGAUGAGAAGGUACAAAGAUGCACCGAUGAGUUGGUACCUCAUGACGUUUGUGAGCAUGGCCGCGGUGGGCAUGUUCGUGGUUGAAUACUACCCGGUCCAUCUCCCAUGGUAUGGUCUUCUUCUUGCCCUUGGAAUCUGCUCCAUCCUCUUCAUCCCAAUUGGUAUUGUAAUGGCCAUCACGAACCAGCAAAGCAGUAUAUACUUGGUCUGCCAGCUCGUUUGCGGUGCUGUCUUUCCCGGGCGCCCAGUAGCAAACAUGGUGUUUGUGACUUACGGCUACAUCUCAUCCACUCAAGGAUUGAAAUUCUCCGCCGAUUUGAAACUCGGCCACUACAUGAAAAUUCCACCCCGCACCCUCUUCACAGUACAGGUUGCCGCCACAGUCGUGUCUUCCUGCACCCAAAUCCUCGUUCUAAACUGGAUGUUCGCAAAUGUGCCGAAUAUCUGCACACCAGAAGCAGCCAACGGCUUCGUCUGUCCUUUCGCGCGUGUACAUUUCAACGGAAGCAUCCUCUGGGGCGCCGUGGGUCCCAUGGAAUUCUUCGGCCCCAACGCCACCUAUCACUCUCUGGUUUGGGCCUUCCCCAUCGGCGCCAUCGCACCCAUCAUCCUCUGGCUCUACGCUCGCAACCGUAAGGGCUCUAUCUUCCGAAAAAUCAACCUCCCCGUCCUCCUCGGCUCCCUCACCUGGAUCCCGCCUGCGACCGGCCUGAACUUCUCCGUCUGGGCGCUGGUCUGCUACCUCUUCAAUCAUGUGAUCAAGCGCAGGGCAGGAAAGUGGUGGGCCAAGUACACGAUGACAUUGAGUGCGGCUUUGGACUCUGGAUUGGCAUUUGGCGUGGUGGUUGUUUUCUUCGGGUUUGUGUAUCCAGGACUGAUGGAAGGGUUUACAUGGUGGGGGACGGAGGUGUACAAGAGAGGGUGUGAUUGGAAUGCUUGUCCUUACAAGGCUGUGCCUGAGGGGCACCAUUUUGGGCCGGAUACUUGGUAG